AUGUACAAAGACGAACCCGAUAUCGCCUGGGCGCCACAUGACAGCCUCUGUGGCGUGGACACCAAGGCGAGGGCGAAGCGCAUGCAUGAGACGCGGAUCCCGGAGAGGCGCGAUCCCUUGCCAAGCGACGCCUCACAUGCGCACGAGGACCGAGAUCGAUCUCUUGGCGGAAGAAAUAAGGCCAACGGCCCUAGACUGUCAGAUACUGUCAUGAUGAACUACGCUGGUGUUCGUGGCCUGGCCGCGAUGAGCCUGGCGUUACUCUUGUCACUUGCGACAGGCGCCGUAGCUCAAUACCCGGACAUGAUCCCCGGCUCCUACACGGACGCUGAGACUGGAAUCGACUUCCAGACUUGGACGGCGCCACCAGCCGACAACGGCGACGGGGCAUCACAUUUGGCAUUGUCCUUCCAGAGGACGCCGCCACAAGCGAUGCUUCAGAAUACAUUGGCUACCUGGUACGUCUUUUCUCCCCUCCCGACUCCGAAGGGGUACGGGAAACGCGACGCUCACCUUGGCAUCACGCUCAUCGUUUCACAGAGCUGCGCUAGCAUAGCCUCCGAUCGGUCUGGGUGGUGCGGCCUUGCCCACGACGGACACAUGAUCUCCUCCCUCCUCCUCGUCGCCUACCCUCACGACGGCAAGGUCCUCACCUCUUUCCGCUGGGCCACCGACUACUUCAUGCCCGACCUCUACGCCGGCGACGGCCCGCCGCCCGCCAUCACCCAGCUCCGCUCCUCGGUCAACGAAUCGCGCUACGAGAUCGUCUACCGCUGCGAAAACUGCUUCGCCUGGAGCGCGCCGGGCGGGGCUCCGGCCGGCGGCUCGGGUUCGAGCACCGGGGCGAUGGGGUUCGGCUACGCGCAGGCGGCGGACCCCCGACGAACCCGGCUGCCCGUGCAAAACGUGACGAGGGAGGAUUAUUCGACCUGGGCGGCCCUUGAGGGCGACGUGGUCGUGGGAGAGUGCGAGGCUCCUAAGCCUACCUGCAAGUCUGCCGCUAAGCGAGGCCAGGUGAGGAAGCGGUAA